AUGGUCAUGUGGCAACCAAAAAAGGGAGAUUGUGUUGUUGGAUUUUUAGAGAACGAUGAGUUGACCUCACCAUUACAAUUAUCUAACAUUCCAUUAUUUAAUCCCAAUUCCAUCAAGAAAAAGAAGGACAUUGUUGAAUUUGAAAGAAACGACAAUUCAAACCUUUUAUUAAGAAUUAGAAAUUUAUUUUUAGAAGAGAGUACAGAAAGGGUAAAUAAUUUAUAUGAAAAAAAGAGCAAGAAAUUAACAAACGAAAGUGUUAAAAGAAAGAAGUAUUCUAAUUCUUCUGAUCUGGACUUGGAGAAGGAUUUUGAAAUUAUUGACAAGUUUGAAAGUCUUUUUAAAUCGCCAAUCAAUUUUGAAGAGUGGAAGGAGAAGAAUGUGAUUGAGAAUUUUUAUCCUUCAUCUUUGCAAGAGGAAAAGCAAGUUGAUAAUUUAGCAAGAAACAACAAAUAUAUAGACAGUCUUCCGACCAAUAAUCAUUGUAAUUUGUUUUACCCAACCACGACCACUGCAAAACAAGAAAAGUUCCAAUUGGUUGCUGAAUAUUUUGAAAAGGAGUAUGGCUUGAAGGUUUUAUCUGAUUUUCCAAAGAGCUUUUCAUGCAUUUAUGGUUUUCUUUAUAUUUUCAGAAAGGAUAAUGAUGAUGGAAACAACUUUGUAAUUCAAUCAGAUGAGAGAAUAAUUGAAAGAUCUCCAUUUGUGAUUAGAUUGGAUCAAGAAACUUUGGAAUCAUUCUUUCCAAAUCUUCCAACUGAGAAUGCCAAUAUUCCACUCACACAUUUAAAGAUGAACUCUAGAUUGUUCAAUACAUUAGCUGUUCAAAUCAAAUUGAGUAAUUCAAUUUUCAGAGAUUCAUUCAAAAUUACAUUAGAUGAUGAUGAUGGAGAUGAUGAUGAAGAUGAUGGAGAAGAUGAUGAAGAAGAUGAAAAUGAUGAUGGAGAAGAUGAAGAGAGAGGAACAUCAAAAAAAACAAAAUUCGAUUAA